CACCGGGGGCCGGCCGCGCCACCGGCCCGGGCGGCAGGAGGGCUCAGCGCCGGCAGAGCCCCGCGGGAUGGGGUCCCCCCUCGCCGAGGCCGCAGCCAGCAGAACACCCCACACCUAGGAGAGAAGGGGGAAGGGUCCGGAUCCUUCUGGUCAUCUGAUUCAGGUCAAGCAGGACUUUGCAUUGCCCGUAGCCCGCGGAUCCCACCGGAGCAGCUCCCAGCGCCUGCUUCUGCCCCCCGGGAGGGAGGCGGGAGGCUUUUUCAAUCCCUGGAGGAUUGAGAGGCUGGCACCCGUCCCCAGCAGUGUCCCACCCAUGGACCACCUCCCAGCAUGAGUGCCGACGCCGAGCAGCUCCCAGCAGGGGCCCAGGCAGCCGGCGUGCCCCUCUGGACCGUAUCCAGCUGGGCCGCCUCUGAGAUGCCCCCCAACACCAGCGCGGCCACGGGAGAGGCCGGCCGGCAGCAGGGGCAGGCGGAGUGGGGCGGCAGGGCGGGCGAAAUCGCGGGCAUGGUGGUGAUCCAGUGCAUCUACGCCCUGGUGUGCCUGCUGGGGCUGCUGGGCAACUCCCUGGUGAUCUUUGUCAUCCUGCGCUACGCCAAGAUGAAGACGGCCACCAACAUCUACCUGCUCAACCUGGCCAUCGCCGACGAACUCUUCAUGCUCAGCAUCCCCUUCGUGGCCACGUCGGCCGCCCUGCACCACUGGCCCUUCGGCCGGGCCCUGUGCCGCACCGUGCUGGGCGUCGACGGGCUCAACAUGUUCACCAGCGUCUUCUGCUUGACCGUCCUCAGCCUGGACCGCUACAUCGCAGUGGUGCACCCGCUGCGGGCAGCCACCUACCGCCGCCCUCGGGUGGCCAAGAUGGUCAACGGGGGCGUGUGGCUCCUCUCCUUGCUGGUGGCCUCACCCAUCCCCAUCUUCGCCGGUACGGCAACCACCCGCGAUGGCCAAGCAGUGGCCUGCAACCUCCUGUGGCCGAGCCCAGCCUGGUCAGCAGCUUUUGUGGUCUACACCACCUUGCUGGGCUUCCUGCUGCCGGUGCUGGCCAUGGGGCUGUGCUACCUGCUGAUCGUGGGCAAGAUGCGGGCGGUGGCGCAGCGGGUGGGCUGGCAGCAGCGCCGGCGCUCCGAGGGCAAGCUGACGCGCCUGGUGCUGAUGGUGGUCGCCAUGUUCGUGGUCUGCUGGAUGCCCUUCUACGUGGUGCAGCUGGUCAACCUCCUGCUGCCCGGCCGCCUGGAUGCCACCGUCAACAACGCCUCCCUCAUCCUCAGCUAUUCCAACAGCUGUGCCAACCCCAUCCUCUACGGCUUCCUCUCCGAAAAUUUCCGGCACUCCUUCCACGGCGUGCUGCGCCGCUGCCUCGACGCCAGCCUCUGCUGCUGCCACGGUAGGGAGGGAGCCACCGAGGAGGAGGAGGAGGAGGAAGAGCCCCUCGACUACUGUGCCCCUCCUCGGGGUGACGACAAAGGCAAGGGCUGCAUGUGCCCACCCCUGCCCUGCCAGCAGGAGCCAGUGCACCCCGAGCCCUGCUGCAAGCCUGGACCCCUCCUCGCAAAGACCACCACCUUCUAGGGUGGCCUCACGCCUCCCUGGCCCCCAGACGGGCGUCUCCACCGGGCAAAGGGGACCCCGGCCGGAGAGGGGGAAGACUGCCAUGCCCCACACCGCCGGUCCUCGCUUGUGCCGUGCAGUUCGACAAAAUAAAAAGCCAUAAGACUGGCCCGUGAUACAGUUAAUUACGUCGACUGAGUAAUUAUUGCUGUUACCUUUGGCACCGAGGGGCCUCCGCUGGGACCGGUGGUGAUGAGGAUUUCAAAACGCAUUAGUGAACAGUGACUGUAGCCACGGGGCGGGUGCCCCCCCCCCCCCAAUAAUAAAACACAGAUUUCCCGUUCCUUCCCAAAACACGCUUCGAAAGACAGAGAAAAGUCCCAAAGCCCAUCAGCCCCUCUACGUCUAUAGCAGGACGAGGGGCCAGGACCGGACCGGACUUCUGCAUCAGCUCUGCAGGGCAUUGGGAGCACAGGGUCGGUUUGACCCCUUCGGGUUCCUCUUACAUGAAAAAAGGGGGAGUUUCUGAACAACCGAGAUCAGAGCUUGAGAUGUGACAAACUGAGCCUUGGCAGGUGCCAGAGAGCCCCAAACUCCCCUUCAGCUAAUGGGGGAAGGAGAAAACCUGGGUCCCACCAAUAAACCUCCCUCCCGCCAAUAAAAAAUUCCCAGGCAAAGGGAUUUUAGCGCACACAGGACCAAAAUGGUAUUUUCCACAAGGAGAACCAAAUCCCGCUCUCUUUGCCACAGGUAAACAUCAACUCUGGUGGUACUUGAAACACAUCCCCCUAGAAAAUUGAGCUGAAGGGGCUGUACCGGCUUGGCUGCACUGAGGUAGCAUUAAAUUAGCCAUUUCCAGCUUA